AUGAAGUUUAAUGUUAGUCCUUUAAGAAAGAGUGAUGCACUCCAGCUGCCACGUGUAGGUGCGCGCACCGCACCUGGAGGGUAACACAACAGACAAGAUACGAGAUCUGAUACACCUCCCACAUUUUCUGCACAGAUUCUGGAGCUAUCCGAAGGGGCAGAGCAGAGCAGAAACUAUGAAGGGAGCGACUGAGACUUACAAUAGAUCCACGGCGCUGCGCGUAAUGAAGGGCAGUCUCAAAUAGUUCGCCCGCGGUCGUAUAAACGCAGAAAGACAAAAUGGGAAUAGCGAGCGAGGAGCUGCUCGUGACACUCCAGAUAAUACCUGGAUUCUUUUCAAACUGUCUCUUCCUUGCCCUAUACGACUCCGUGGUGCUGGUGAAACGCGCCGUGUCGCUGCUCAGCUGCUCCAGGCUCGCCGGGUCCGGAGAGUGGCGCCGUAUGUUGACCUCAGCGGGCCUGCGCGCAAUCUGGAAUAGCUUUCUGCUAGACGCCUAUAAACAGGUGAAACUUGGCUGCGAAGCACCAAACUCGAAAGUGGUGAAGGUUCCUGAUGGCUCUCAAUGGAGCAGCAAUCUCAGUAACAUGACCAAUGUGCCACCUGGUGCCACCAGCAGAAAUGGAGAUGAGUGCCGUCUUCUGGAUUUUGAGUCAUCAGACCGCCCUCUGGUGGUCAACUUUGGCUCAGCCACCUGACCCCCCUUCAUCAGCCACCUGCCAGUUUUCCGGCAGAUGGUUGAGGACUUCAGUGAUGUAGCUGAUUUCCUGUUAGUGUACAUUGAUGAGGCUCACCCGUCUGACGGCUGGGUGGCCCCUCCUAUGGGCUCUCGCUCUUUCGACGUCCGGAAACACCAGAACCUGGAGGAGAGGUUGGCAGCAGCACGCAACCUCAUUGAACACUUUUCCCUGCCGCCUCAGUGUCAGCUGGUGGCAGACUGCAUGGACAACAAUGCUAAUGUGGCUUAUGGUGUGUCCAAUGAACGAGUGUGUAUAGUACAAAAGAGAAAGAUUGCCUACCUGGGCGGUAAGGGGCCUUUUUUUUACAAUCUGAAGGAUGUGCAGCAGUGGCUGGAACAGAGCUACGGUAAACGGUAGGGGGAGGCUACUGGAGGACAAGUACAGAGGAGGAUACGUCCCGUGUUUCAAUAAGGAAAUAAGAGAUCAUUUGGUUUUGUAUAAGCAUAAAUGUCAAAAUUAAAAUGUGUAUUAUGGUGAUCUGCCAAAAAGAUGUAAUUCAUUAACGUCCAGAAUUGUGUUCUUCAUUUCUUUUUCUUUUAAAUCGAGCAAACUUUUUGCACACCAAUUCAUUCAGACUGUGAUGAAAACAUGUUAAGACCUGUGUUGGUAACUAGGCAGAGAAAGUUUAGGACGCAACAUAUGAAGUUGACAAUGUAUGUGCUUCAUCUGUAUUUAUGCCCACUUUUGCUGCUAAAAUAAUGUUUUAUAUGUUUUCCAUUGAAACACAGACAGACAGACAGACAGACACACACAUGCAAGCACACACACACAAACACACACACAUAUGCAGUGGUGGAAAAAGUAAAAGUACUAAUACCACACUGUGAAAUUACUUCAAUACAAGUCCUGCAUUCAAAACUUACUGAAGUAAAAGUAUCAGCAUCAAAAUGUACUUAAAGUAUCAAUAGUGAAAGUACUCAUUAUGCAAAAUGUACCCACUCAGAUUGAUUUAUAUAUUCGAAAUAUAUAAUUGGAUUAGUAUUUUUUUCAUGCAUUUCUGCAAGCAGCAUUUUACUUAUUGUCAGGGUAAGGCUGAUUUUAACUACUUAUAGUAUACUGUCAUCUGGUUUAAUUUAUAAACAUAGUGUAAUAAUUUUCAAUUGAUCAUAUUUUUUCAUGUUAAAUCUUAAACCUGUAAAGUAACUAGUGACUGAAAUUGUCAGCUAAGUGUAGUGGAGUAAGAAGUACAAUAUUUGUCCCUAAAAUGUAGUGAAGUAGAAGUAUAAAGUUAAAUACGUCGAAAUAUGUAGAAAAAGUACAAGUACCCCAAUAUAUAUAUAUAUAUAUAUAUAUAUAUAUAUAUAGUAUAGUAUGUAUAUAUAUAUAUAUAUAUAUAUAUAUAUAUAUAUACACACACACACACACACACACACACACAUAGAUACAAUACACAGAAUACAAGUACAUUUUGAUCUUGAUUUUUUGUCAUUGUGGUCAAAUGUUUUUAUGCACUAUGUCAACAACUUAAUUUUAUGUAUGAAUAUGCUUAUAUACCCUCCCUGGAUAAAUGUCCAUUCAUACAGUACAUACUGGCCAUUGCUCUCCAUCUGACAGCUCUCUCUUUCUCCAUAUAUAUGUUUGCCUUUCCAUUCUGCAGUCUGCAUCCCCUUGAAAGUGUUCGUUUUUACAUGAUUGAAUCAAAGUAGAUUGAAUGUUGCCCUUUUUGAGAUUCUGAUCAACAGAAAAAGACCAUUUAAUGUUAAAGUGAAAACUCAUCUUUCCAAUGUGAUCUAAGUAGUAUUCACCCCUCUCUAAGUCAGUAUUUAGUAAAUGCACCCUUAAGAGAGAGCCCUUACAGCCCUGAGUCAGCGUGGCUAGGUCUUGGUAUGUUAUGCUUUGCACAUCUCUGACAACAAAAUGUUGUCUUUGGUGGAGUGCUGGGAAACUGAUAACCAUUAUCAAGUCUAAUGCUGUGAAGAAUAAUAUAAGAAAUUUGCCAAAUCUAAUUUAAAUCUAAUGUUUUGUCAUUGCUUCUGCCCUUGUCAGUGUGUCUGACUGUAUCAUCUGUCAAUUAUUUGUGUAACCGGAUCGAUCUGGACCUGGGCAGAGUGUUUUUAUAUGGGUCAAAGUUCAUGGGCUGCUUUCAAGUGUUGUUUUGUAGGUUUGUGCAUAAUUAUGUGUGUGGAUUUGGAAUUCACCUGCUGACACGUUGUCACUCUGUCAUCUUUUCUGCCAAGUAAAGCUGUGUAUCCCCUCUUUCCAUCA